GGCAUCACGGCGGGCUACCAUCGGUACUUUGCCCACGGGUCCUACCGCACCUCGCGGCCGUUCCAGUUCGCGCUGGCGGUGCUCGGCGCGAGCGCGUGGCAGAAGGGUCCGCUUUGGUGGGCAUCGCACCACGCCGAGCACCACCUGCACUCUGACUCGGCGGGCGACCCGCACAGCCCCGUCUGCGGCUCGCUGCUCUGGGCGCACAUGGGCUGGUUCUGGGCGUGCAUGGAGUACGACGCCCACCCCGCAGCCUUCCAGGCGGGCCGCGGCCGCGUCGCGCGCUUCCGCCAGUACCCCGAGCUGGUCGCCCUGGACCGCUUCCACCACGGGCCUGGCAUCGCGCUGGGCGCACUCGCCUACGCGGCGGACGGCUUGCCGGGCCUGCUCUGGGGCUUCAUCGUGCCGACGGUGGGCGUGUGGCACGCCACUUUUGCCGUCAACAGCGCCUGCCACCGCUGGGGCUCGCGCCGCUUCGCCACGACCGACAACAGCCGCAACAACGUGUGGGUCGCCCUCGCCGCCUUUGGGGAGGGGAACCACAAUAACCACCACGCCUUCCCGUGGUCGGCGCGGCACGGGCUGACCUGGCGCGAGCCGGACCUCUCAUACGCAAUCCUGCGCGCGCUCGAGCUGCUCGGGGUCGUGUGGGACCUGAGGCUGCCCACG